CUAGCAAAGAUGACGUGAAAUCCAAGUCUGAUGAACAUCGGAUCAAACCCCCUGAGAGCUGCGCCUGGUGUCGAAAGAGUAUACUACGGCUGCAAAACUGGCUUUAUUACCGGAGCAGUGCCCCGGAGGGAACCCUACGUGAGUGCCUACACAUUACAGCGCAAUGCCCUUGUCGCUCGCAUGAACAGCAGGUUUGAGCCAUUUUGAGUUCCUCGGUCAUCCGAGUCUCACACGCCUGCCCCUGGGAUGACCUUGCAAGCACUUCAGACCGAGAGGUGCCGUGCCUCCGCCGGGCUUCCCCUGUGGCCUGUGCCCCCCCUUGAAAGCCAGAGGGCUUUUUUUGAUGACGACAAAUUGUCCAACUCCAGUCUCCCGCCUUGCAGACGCACAAAGUUGGGACGACAUAAGGGAUCUGAUGCGCCAUGGUCGCACUGCGUACCACUCUGCCAUCCGUCGACCUUUGACUAUUGAAAGCUUACAUUCGCGAGGAGAGGUGUUGAAUCGUGAGACGACAUCGACUGGGACCUAUUCAAAGAUGUGGUACGGAGUACGGAGUACAGCACACGAGAAUCGCCGACGCUGUUCCAAAGUACCUCCCACGCUGUUAGGUACUCCGCACUCAAUGAGUCGAUUCGAAUAAGACAAGCGGCCGUUUGAUUGAGGAGCGACAUCCGCGGGCUUGGCACGAAAAAGGACGCAUUGCAGCGGACCAACGACAAAGGCCUUGUUCCUGUUGGUCCAAGGCUAGCCCGCCCUCGAAUGGUUCGCAUCGCAGCAUGCAGGUUACGUUCUUGCGGGAACCCGCAUUGCGGAAAAUAUAGAUUAACAUUAAAAUGACUUUUGGGGCAGCCUUUGUGGAAGGAUGGAGCAGAGACGCGACGGUUUGUUUCACACCGGCAGGAUUUUUAAGAUGAGAUUCGAUCCGUCCCCAUUCCACAUUAUGGUGAGCUCCCUCGGUCACACACCCACACUGUAGUUCAUUGAUCGCUCUGGUCCUGCUUACCUAUUCUGCCGGCUGAUUGAUUUGGCUAACGAGGUGACUGGUCAGUUGAUGUCCGGGAAGCUCGGGGCGAUUCGGUCGAAGACCGGGCGAUGUGAGGAGUUUUUCCCCCACGAGGGUAUGGGUUUUGGGAGCAGUGAAGCGGGUGAACGGGUUGCCAAGCACACCAGGCCGAUUUGAUCUCCGACGCCGUUACAUUUCCACCUUACCGGCUAACAACCCUGGUUCCGUCAAAGUCUGGCCCGGUGGCCGUGUCUUCGCAUUCUUGUUUUUUUUGGUUCGCCGUUGUCGAUGAAGGUUUCGCAUCGAGGACUUGACUGCAGAAAGUCUCUGUUCCAGUACGACCCGGAUCCAAAUCAAAUCACGAACUAGGGUUCAGACCAAUAUCUCUUUUGCUGUCUUGACUUUUGUUUUUAGGACUCGGGACGGGAGACAACUUGAGCCAAAAUGCUCUUCAGUCUCCACUCUUGAAGAGACUUUUGCGAUCACGUGCUUCACCGUGGGAGUGUCGUCAGAGGCGAUAAGACCCAGCCUGGGCUUAUCGGGCGGGCAACCAUCCGAUGAGGACCCCGACAGAAACGGAGCUUAACUGUAUGCAGGAGGCAGAUUAGCAAUCCUCGUCGGCCGCAAUGCGAAAGUCGGAGAGAUAGCGGGGGAGAGAUAGGGAAAAUCAAUUGACUUCAUAAACGACCGGCAAUUGGUAUUGUCUUUGCUGUUCUUAGAGCGAUUUCAACGUUUUGGCAAAAGGGGGGGAAAGACAGCAGAAGUCUCGCCAGUACUUUCCAUCAGGUUCCCAAAGCACAGCAGCAGCACUAGUUUCGGCCGUUACUUCGUUUCCGCAAAGAUGACCGGCUCCGUCAAUGGCACCUCCGUUCCGACGGAGACGUCGCCGCUACUGCGCAACUCCGGCUCGGAGGCGGCCAAUGGCAACGGCAACGGCACCGUCGACACCGGCGAUCAGCAGAACGGCGCCACGGCCGCUGCCGCCGACACUGACACCGAUGAAAAUCGGGACGGCAACCCGGAGAUGGCCAAGAAGAUGCACUUUCUUCUUCCGGCCGUCGGCAUCGGAAUCUAUCUCUGCGCUGUCGACCAGCUGCUCACCGUGGCGACGUACGCCAAGAUCGGGAGCGAGCUGCAUGCGUUGAAUUAUACGAGCUGGCUCGCAACAUCCUACUACAUCACCCUAACAAGCUUCCAACCCCUCUACGGCAAACUCAGCGACAUCUUCGGCCGCAAAGAGUGCCUCCUCUUCGCCUACACAGUCUUCGCCCUCGGUUCCCUGGGCUGCGGCCUAGCCCAAUCCUUCACCCAGCUCUGCGUCGCCCGCGCCAUAGCCGGCAUCGGCGGCGGCGGCAUGAACAGCGUCGUCGCCAUCCUCCUCAGCGACAUCGUCCCGCUCCGCGACCGCGGCGUCUGGCAAGGGUACCUCAACAUCAUCUUCGCCGCCGGCACCUCCACCGGCGCGCCCCUCGGCGGCCUCCUCGCAGACUCGGUCGGCUGGCGCUGGUCCUUCACGGGCCAGGUCCCGCUCUGCGUGCUCGCGUUCUUGGCGGUGUACUUUGUCCUCGACGUGCCCAAGACGAACCACGCGCACUGGCGCGAAAAGGUGAAGCGCAUCGACUUCCUCGGCGCCGCUACGCUCGUCGCCGCCGUCGUGGCCCUGCUCGUGGGCCUGGAUUCGGGCUCUAACAACGGGUGGUCGAGCCGGCUCACCGUCGCCGCGCUCGCCGCCACGCCCGCGCUGUUCUCCGUCUUUGUUUACAUCGAGAUGCGCGUCGCCUCGCACCCUUUCGCACCGGGCCACAUCAUCUUUGACCGCUCCCUCUUCGCGUGCUACCUCGCAAACUUCUUCGGCAUCGCGGGCCACAUCGCCUCCAUCUUCUUCAUCCCGCUCUUCUUCCAGGCCGUGCAGGGCGCCUCGGCCACCCUCGCGGGCGCGGCGCUCGUGCCGGCCAUGAUCACCUCCGUCACGGCGAGCGUCAGCUCGGGCUACUUUAUGAAGCGCAAGGGCCGGUACUACACCCUCACGGUGCUCGCCUACGGCCUCAUGGUCGUCGCGGUAGCCCCCACGGUCGCGGCGCUGUACUUCCGCUCCUCGGCGGGCGUGGUGGGCGGCAUGGCGCUGCUCGCGCUCGGCGGCGGCGCGGGCAUCACGACGACGCUGGUGGCGCUGCUCGCCAACGCCGCGUCCCGGGACUCCGCGGUGGUGGUGGCGUGCUCGUACCUGUUCCGGAGCCUGGGGUCGAGCAUCGGGAUUAGUGUCUGCUCGUCUGUGCUGCAGCAGGUGCUGCGGACGCAGCUGGCGGCGCGGCUGCGGGACGGGGACGAGGCGAGGCGCGUCGAGGAGAGGGUCAGGGAGAGUUUGGAUUACAUUCGGGAGCUGCCGCCUGCUGUUGCCGGGGAAGUGAGGGCGAGUUAUCAGGUUGCGACGUUGGGGGCCAUGGUGCCUAUGGCGGCGUUGCUUGUGCUUGCUUUUUUGAGUACGUUUUUUAUCAAGGAGAAGGCUUUGGGGAAGAAGUAGGGCGUGAGGGGGAGGAGAGAGGGUUCUCACUCUUGAAGUAGAAGCUUCACUACGAGGCGUAGAUCUGCGUUCUGGUGUAGUCUACGCAUUCGCGAGGGUAGAUGUUGUUGUAGUAUAAACUGGAUGGAGAGGUGCGGAACUUGCUAUAUCCGUACCGGCUGGACAUACCUCCUAUAUGCAAGGUAAUCAAAGAGUCGGCUUGUAAGCGCGUCCGUAUCUUGGAUAUAGAUACCUUAUGUAGAGUCCUCGAGUCCAAGACUUGAUCUCCAAAACUAGCAAAUGGCCACGUACUUCCGGGUAAAGAACAGGGCUUGUAUGCAGAUAGCUGCGGCUUGAAGCCGGCACGGAGAGACGGGGGAGAACGGGCAUACGGAGAGACAAAAUCCAGAG